AACGACUAAUCUAAUAGAAAAUCAACAAAUUUUUCACAGAAAGUGUAAAUUAUACCUCGUGUUGUGUAUUUUUUUUAAAUUUUCUGUAUCAGUAUUGCUCAAAUAAAUCCAAGGUCAACCACCUUGUAAUUCAUUACGAGAAAGCUUGUUACUCAUUUAUGUAAUGUGCGAACUUUUUACUUGUAUUACAACACGCGAAUUAAAUGAAUUGACUCACGUUUCAAGCCGGCGUGCACUGUCUCACAUACACACACAUAUACCUACCUAUGCUACGCAUUGUGAUCAUGACAUUGAUACAAGAAAAAACACAGAUCAACUUGCAGAAGUGAUGAAAAAGUGUGCGUAAAACUUGUGAGAUUCAGUUCAAACGGUCAGCACUAGUUGAACGGGACACAUUGAGGAUAGUUAUAAGGAAUGCUGACUGUUUGAUGUGAGGUAUGUUGUAAAGUAGGACACCGGCUAAGGAAGUUAUUGCUUGCGCUUAUAAGACAUGGGAAAACAAAGAGAUUUUUUCUAAACUAUUGAUGGAGACAAUAAUAAUACUAAUAAUUGGUUUAUUCCUUCAAUCAUAGUUGAAUUGGCUUCAGAGCCGAUAAGUGCUUGUGUCUUUUUGAGAAAGGACCGAUUAGGAGAGAUUUUGUAUCGGAACGGUAUCCUAUUGACAAAUGUUCAUUACACUUUUCUGAAAAUGCUCUUGUAUUUUGUGGCAUUAAUGGGGGUGAUAGUGAUUUAUCACUUCUGGAGGCUGCACAGACUAAAUCAACAAACAAAAGAGAUAAAGGGCUUACCAUCGCUACCCUUCAUUGGCAAUGCCUACUUACUUCUGGGUCUCAAAAAAGCUCAGAUGACAACAAAAGUGAACGAAAUUAUAUCAGCUCAUGGAAGUAUCUUAAGAUUUUGGAUGGGACCAUUCCUUUGGAUAGUUGUGUCAGAGCCGAAUUACUUGGAAGCAAUUAUGACAAGCGAAUACGCAACUAACAAGAGCGAAUCUUAUCAAUUCUUCAGAUUUCAAGCAGACGGAAUUUUCAUUGCUUCAGGACAAAACUGGCGGAGAUUACGGAAAAUUGUGUUACCAUCUUUUCAUCAACGGUUGAUGAGAAACUACUUCAAUGUUUUCAAGAAAGAGAGCCGAUUGUUCACUAGUCUAUUGGAGAAGGAGGUGGAUAAGGGACCUUUCGAUAUGCACGAUUAUGUAUCGAAAUUGACAAUGGAUAUUCUGUGUGGUACCUUGAUGGGAGUAGAAAGUAGAGAGCAAACAGAUGGAAAUAUGGAGUUCGCCAAGAAUCUUCAAUUAUCAACGGUGAUAAUAAAAGAAAGACAUUACAAAUUCCACCUUGGCUUCGACUUCAUCUACAAGAUGACUGAUGGUGCGAAGAAGGAGGCUCAAUACAAUACAAAUCUUCACAAUUAUGUUAUUAAAAUAAUCAAUCAACGUAAGAAACUCAUGAAUGAAUUGAAAGACAAGAAGGCUGAUGAUAAUUAUGAUGAUGACGAUCUAGGAAGACCAUCUUAUCUAGAUGUGAUGCUGAGUCAGUAUGAAGGAUUAUCUGAUAAGGAGAUUGCAAUCAAGAUCACUGACAUGUUCAUUGCAGGCUCUGACACUACUGCAAUAGCCAUCAGUUACUCCUUCUUAUUAAUGGGAAUGUAUCCAGAAGUACAAGAAAAAGUCUACAGAGAAGUGAUCGAUGUCAUGGAGUAUGGAGACUUUGAAAUUGAAAAACUAUCAAGACUACACUACUUGGAAAUGGUCAUCAAAGAAGUUCUACGGUUAUAUACAAUACCAUGUGUGGUACGGAAGCUUGAGAAAGAAUUGAAGAUUGGUUCGACAGUGUUUCCAGCAGGAACCAGAGCUCUGUUGAGUCUCUAUGCAGUUCACAGGAAUCCUAAAUACUGGUCAAAUCCUCUCGAGUUCUACCCAGAUCACUUCCUACCAGAAAAUGUGUCAGCCAGACCAAAAUACAGCUACAUACCUUUCAACAUGGGACCUAGGAAUUGUCCUGGUCAACUGUUCGCCAUGCUAUCGAUGAAAACAGUGAUCGGAUAUGCCAUCAGAGAGUAUGUGUUUCACUCCGACCUGAAGCUAACAGAUCUGGAGUACACCGAUGUAUUCAUGUUGGAGUCUGAGAACGGAUAUCCAGUCAUAAUUACUAAACGAUAACUAGCAGACCUUAGUAUUCGGUUAUAUUGAAUAGUGUAUAUAAUUGGUUAAGUUCUAAUUGGUAGUGACAUUCUAAGUUCCAUAUUGUUUUGUUUUGUAAAUAUUAUGAAUUUGUAGCGUUGAAAGUAUGUGAAUCAAUAGUUGUAAUAAUAAACAGUUCUA